GACUGGAAUAGAAAUAGUGUAGUCUGUACUCUAGAAUUGUAGAUUGCCCACAGAACACUAUUACUCUAAAGAUUGCCUCACGACAGUCCAGCUCGUUAGAAUAAAAGUGUUCUGUGGUCCAGUGCCCAAAGCCGUCAGCGAGUGCCCAAUAAAUAUAAACUACUGUGUAAUAAUAAUAUUAAUCCUAUAAAUGUAAGAUAUAACAAAGAAAUACAAUGGAAUCAGCAGAUAAUCUAGGAAAAGAUGAUAUAGAAUGGCAGCCUUUGGCUCUUACGUUGGUUAUGUAUCCAAAAGGAGACUUAUUAGGAAAAAUGUUUGCACUAACAAGUUUAUUACCAUUUGGUGUUGGGGCUGGGUUUAUUGCUCUCAUAUUAUUUAGAAGAGAUUUACAUACGAUUGUGUUCUUCAUAGGUACAUUAAUUAAUGAGUUGAUUAAUAUAAUACUAAAGCACACUAUAUGUGAAAACAGGCCACUUGUAAGAAGUAAUCUCUAUAAUGAAUAUGGCAUGCCUUCUUCACAUUCCCAAUUCAUGUGGUUCUUUAGCCUUUAUGUUCUAUAUUUCUUUAUUUUCAGAUUGCAUCAUUUAAAUAACAACAAUAUCAUAUCCGCUUUAUGGCGUGUAAUAAUUGUGAGCAGUUGUUUUAUGAUGGCACUCAUUGUCAGCAUUGGCAGGGUGUACUUAGAGUACCACACACGGAGACAAGUGGUUGUUGGAGCUAUAGUUGGCAUUGUGACAGCCACUGUUUGGUUUAUUGUAGUUCACAAAAUACUUACCCCACUCUUUCCACAGGUUGUUACCUUGAAAAUCAGUGAAAUGCUAAUGAUAAGAGAUACAACGUUGAUACCGAAUGUUCUCUGGUUCGAGUACACGACGUCCCGCCAUGAAGCGCGCGCCCGCGGUCGCAAGAUGGCCGCUCACAAGCCGGCACAAUGACGGUACGCCUUCCCGUUCGUGCCGCGUUCCUCCGUGUGGCGCGUUGUGGUGUGUGCGUGACGCCUACUCACCGCCGCGGCACUCGCAGCGCUCGGCGGUAUGUUGCUCUCCAAAUCAGACUUUCAAAUGUACUAAGAGGUCCCGGAUUCGAAACCCGGCAUUUAUACGAUGAAUAUGGAUAAUAUGUUAUGUUUUUAAAGUGAUAACCCUCACUUCUAGGAUUAAUACACGACAAAAAUUUGCGGGAUUCGAACACAACCUGAGAGUUGAACAAAGCCAACAGAAUUUUAUAACGAGAUGGUACUCGAACGGUUAGCUCAGUUGUUUAGAGCACCGGCAUGGAACGCCGGAGGUCGUGGGUUCGAAUCCCGCAUCGUUUAUAAAAUUUUAUUGAUGAAUAUGGAUGUUUGUUUCCGAGUCAUUAAUGUUUAUAUGUAUUUAUGUAUGUUUAAGUAAGUGUAUUGUAUUAAAUAUAUUGUUGUCUUGCAACCCUUAACACAGGCUAUAUAUGCCUGAUUUGGGGCAAGAUAAAUUGUGUAAAAAGUGUGUCAAUAUUAUUAUUAUAAAAAAUGUUCUUCAGUUAUUAAAUCGUCUUAUCAAUGCUAUAUGAGUUUUGUAGAAUUUGGUUGAGAUGUUGUGCUAUUUGUGCUAGCCUGAUAACUUGAGACCCGCGGUGGUCCCUUGUACUCUUACGGCCGUUCCCAAUAUUCAGUUCAAGUAGGCCACAACCGGAGAUAAAAAUCGUAAGUAUCGUUGACUUUUCUCUCCCAAUAAACUCGACGGUAACUCUUCUUAUCCGAACACGCUGUCUGUCAAUGGGAGGACGUAUAGCUCACCAGCGAUAGAAGUUUGUAUGGAAAUUGCAAUUCACGCGUCCUAUAAUAUAAUGCGAUAAUAAUGACUAACCAGGUACUUAUAGUGGGACAGCUUGAGAUUAUUGACAGCUACAUAAUUACUAACAGUACAAUUUAUCUCUAUCUGUAGAUAGUAUAUUGAGAACGGCCGUUAGGGUGCGUCCUGAGUGGCGGCGCACCGCGCAGGCGGAAUGAACGGCGCAUUAAAAAAAUGUUUGAACUUAUCCGGAGUGUGAGCGGGCGCGCACAUUUAACGGCGCAUUCUAUUGGCGGAUCCGCUCGUCAAUAGCGUAUUUUGUACUCGCGAAUAGUGAAAUGAAAUGUCGCAAAUAAUGACUUUCCUGCUGAAGAUUAUGAACACUAUCUUACAUGCUAUGUCAUGAUGUUAUUUAUUUGAACUCAUAUAUUUUCAUUAUGUUCUAUGCCAUAAUUUUUCAGAAGGACUUAUUAAUUUUAUAAUAUAGUCUAACGUUUUGGUUACAAAUUUCAAUUUAAUACAAUAGUGUAACGUAUUCACCGCUUCAUUUUUCAGUAGUCUAUAUAAUGCUUACUUUUCUUUUCACAAAAAAAAAUAUAUAUCUUCGUUAAAGAAACUGCUUGUUCUAAAUAUUGUAAACGUUUAAGUUUAGAUAUGGACAUAUUAAAACCAAAGUAAAAUAAACAAAACACACGCGCACGCAUCUACUUUUCCGCUUGCACUAAGGACCUGUCCUUAUCGACUUGUAAAUCCGCUCUGUAAUCCGCCAUACGCGGUGCGCUGUGACUCAGGACGCACACUUAGCCGCAGUACAUGAUCACGCAGCGGAUUUGACAUGAGACUUUGUCCAAUAUUAAUAAUUAUUAUUAUUUAUGAUUCUGUGUAUGAGUAGAGGAAGUCCGGGCAAAACACAAUAUGUUAAGGAAAGUGUAAAUAUAACUGCACUUUUAAUUUGUACUUAAGUUAAAUAUGUCUGGAAAAUGAAGGAAAUUUAAAUAAUUAAUUUAUAAGAAAAUAAUUGCAAUUUAAAAUAAAUUACAAUUUUUCGCCAGAGAAAUCAUUAAAAAUAUAUUUUGCUAAUCGCUACAACAUAUGUGCACACACAUUGCAUUGUAUUUUUUGUACUCAUAUGGCGUUCCCGGUCACUCAUCUGUCUCUAUCGGUCUUUAUUCUACUUGCGCGGGCUUCCCUUAUCGAAUUAUUUCCUUGUUAUCUUAUUUAAAUCGCGAUUCUUAGUUGUGUAUAUUGGAUUGAAAUUUUUACACUAUUUUUAAAUAUUUUAUAUUUUUUGUGGCUAUCUUCCAUUAGUUAUUAUAUAAGAAGGUUUACUUAGUCCUUAGUAGUGUAAUAUUUUGUUAUAAAAUUGUAUAGAUAUUCAUGCAAAUAAGACACAUAUAUCGAAAUGUGUAUAAUAUAAGGAUAAAAAUAAAGUAAAACGGUUGUAUGUAUGUUGAACACAAUUUUAUGUUGGUGUUAGAUAUAAUAUUGUCCUAUCUUUAAAUAAUUAAUAUAAAUCAUGUAUGUUUCCAAUAUUUUUGUUAACUGCAAGCAAAUUGUAUUUGUAGAUUUUCAACAUCAUUAAGAUACAUUUUAUUAUAUUGUUGCAUCUUGUUAGAAAUCAAUGGUUGUCUUUUUUAUAUACCGAAUUUAUGUACUUAAAUACAUCUAUGUAACAAAAUUAUUGAUGUAGGCGUUACUUUGCGGAAAUCCAUAAUUAUACAAAUGAUUUGAGUUUUCUUUAGUGCUAAUUCCGCUAAUAUUUGUCUUUAAACAAUUCUACACGUGUUUGAAGUUGAAGUUGUAUGUAUUUUUAAUGCUGACUCAUAAUCAAACAAAUUAAAAAAAAAUUGACGUGACGUUAACAUUCAGGGGGAUGAAAAAUAGAUGUUGUCCGAUUCUCAGAGCUACCCAAUAUGCACUCAAAAUUUCAUGAGAAUCGGUCAAGCCGUUUCGAAGGAGUUUAACUACAAACACCGCGACAUGAGAAUUUUAUAUAUUAGAUAUAUAUACUGCAUGAAUCAGAAAGGGUAUAACAUCCCUUCAAUGGGUUUCCUUAUUUGGGUCAUAUGCAAUAGUAUGGUGAUGUUUAAGUUUUAAUAAAUAAAUUUUAAAAAAGAAAAAAAAUCCCCAUUGAAAUAAAAAAAAUAUUCAUCACCUUUUCUUAGACAAUCCUAACUUUUAAAGAGACCGCCAUUACGGACUUAAGGACUUAAACAUAAAUAAAGCGUAGGUACGUUCCAUUCUUUUUAUUUGUAUCUUGUGCAGCUUUUACACUCAUGGAAUUACACAAUAAAUACACAGAAAACACCACAUCAUGUCAUGUUGACGAUGUUUUAGGUACUUAGUAGGUACCCAGUUAUUUCAUCACUAGUA